ACGUACACAGUUUUAUUGAUCGCAAUUUUGUGUAUGCCAUGUGUAUCAAGUUUGACAUUAAGUUUUAUCCAAAAUGGGAGAACAUCAACUCUCAAUUACUCCAGAAAUGGACUGACAAUUAGUUUCAAUGACAAAGGAAAAUGCAUGCCGGACAUAGGAUGUUUCAGUGCUGGGGAACCAUUCUUCCAUCCUGUAUACAGACCAGUCAGUCUCCUUCCUCAAAACAGAAACGAAGUUGGCACAGUUUUCAUGCUUUUCACUCGUAAGAAUCCUCACUACUUCCAGUUACUAAGAUCUGGUGAUCUGAAUAGCAUUUUGAAGUCUAAUUUUUUAUUAGAGACAGAAACGAAAAUAAUCGUCCAUGGAUAUAUGGACAGCAUAAAAGUUUCUACAUGGAUGCAGGACAUGAAAGAUGCUCUUUUAAACUAUGAUGACAUAAAUGUGAUAAUAGUUGAUUGGAGUAAAUCAAAUAAUAUACCAUUCGCUCUGGCUGUUGCAAAUACUAGAGUAGUAGGCGCUGAAAUUUCACUUCUAGUCAAUUUUCUCCAAGAUUCCUUUGGAGUGCCGCCGGAAUCAUGCCAUAUAAUCGGCCAUAGUCUGGGAACGGAAAUUGCUGGAUAUGCCGGUGAAAGAAUAAACAACCUUGGGCGUAUAACAGCUCUUGAUCCUGCUGGUCCAUACUUCAGAAAUGUUUCUAAAGAAGUAAGACUGGAUCCAUCAGAUGCUUUGUUCGUAGAUGCAAUCCAUGCCCAGUCAAGUGACACAAAUACUGAAACUCCAAGCAGACUGCAGCAAACAGGUCACAUAGAUUUCUAUCCUAAUGGAGGUGAAAACCAACCUGGUUGUCCAGCACCCGUUGUAAAUACGUACAAUAAUAGGGGUGUUUUAGAAGGAACUAGGAAUUUAUUUGUCUGCGAUCAUUACAGGGUCAUAGAUUAUUUCCUGGCUACUAUUCCUAACCAUUAUGGAUGCCAACCCAUAGGAAUUGCAUGCGAUUCUUGGAGCAAGUUUAUAAAUGGCCAAUGCUCAGAUUGUUUGGCGGACGGAAGCCAGUGUUCUGUAAUGGGUUUUCAAUCUGAUAUAAAGAAGUUACUCAUUAGCAGACACCCGCCAAAAAAGUUUUUUUUAUAUACCAAUGCUCUGCCUCCUUUCUGUGCUCAACAGUAUCAUGUAUCUGUAAAACUCAGAAAUCAAGCAACUGUUCCAAAAAUAGUUGGAGAUAUUGUAGUAAUAUUAAAUGGUCGUUAUGGAACAGUUCCAGUGAAUGUAAAUAAAAAAAACCCAUUAGUUAGACCAGGUGCCGUAUUCAAAACUAUAGCAACGUCUAAUGAAAACAUAGAUGUAAAAAGUGUUACAUUCUACUGGUCUAGUUCUACCACACUGUCCACGGGGAACCUACGAAUUGAUAUUCAAAGUCCUCAACAGCAUGGUCUGUACCUACACAGCAUUAUUGUAACAACAUAUACAAGUUCUCCAGAAAACCCAGGAAAACAGAUUGUAGUGUGUGGUCCAGAAGCUCCAAUACAAGCAGAAUUCAAAGUUCAACUAAAACCAGGAAAUCAUUGCAUAAAAAACUUAUAA